AUGACUGAACAAUGGGCUGAAACUGGUAUGAACGAAUCGUUCAAGCCAAUGAAAAAGCGUGGUGCAGUUCCUUUAGUCGAUGAAAAUGGAUUUAAGGUCAGAAAAGUGCAGGAUGUGGCUAAGCAUACACCAGCAUCAGGCUCCGACAAGACACUGAAAGAGGAGGAUGAAAACACAAGGUAUAUAAUUGAUGGCAAACUUCGACGUACCACCCCCUAUUUCUUUACAUACAUGACUUACUGCAAAUUAAGAUGGAGAGAUCGUACCCUUCUUGAUAUAUUCUCCAACGAAUUCAGACUUUAUCCAGAAUCAUACUAUAUCAAAGCACUAGAAACGGGGCAAGUGACAUUGAAUGGUGAAAAAGCCGACAAAGAUGCCAUAAUAAGAAAUGGUGACCUAAUUUGUCAUCGUAUACACAGACACGAACCACCAGUAAGUUCACGUCCUGUUAAAAUUGUCUAUCAAGACGAGAAAAUAGUAGCUAUCGACAAACCGAGCGGAGUUCCAGUUCACCCAACAGGUAGAUUCAGACAUAAUACGGUAACUUAUAUCUUGAAAAAUGAGCAUGGUUUAGUCGUGCAUCCAUGCAACAGACUUGAUAGGCUAACAAGUGGAUUGAUGUUUUUGGGUAAAACCGCUAAAGCUGCAGAAAAUAUGGUUGACCAAAUCCGUAACCGUGAAGUUACGAAACAAUACAUUGCAAAGGUUGUGGGAGAGUUUCCUAUUGAAGAAACGGUUGUUGACAAACCCGUGUAUACUUACGAUCCAAGAGUUUCGUUGAAUAUUGUUGAUGAGCAAAAGGGUAAGGAAGCGAAGACUGUUUUCAAGCGAUUAAGUUAUGAUGGCGAAAACUCCAUUGUUCUGUGCAAGCCGUAUACAGGUCGUACCCAUCAGAUCAGAGUCCAUUUGCAGUACUUGGGGCAUCCUAUAAUCAAUGAUCCUAUAUAUUCCUCUCCUGACAUUUGGGGGAAAAAUUUAGGAAAAGAUGGUGAGUUCGACAUGGCAAAGGUGGUUGGUAUUCUGGAACAAGUCGGUAAAACGUUGCCAACGUCUAGCUGGUUGCACAGGAAUAGUGAAAGGGCAGAACUUGGAGAGAUGCUCAAUGGAGAAAAGUGUGAAGUUUGCGGGCAAGAUCUUUAUACUGAUCCUGACCCGAACGAUCUAGAGCUAUAUCUACAUGCAUACAAGUACGAAUCAAAGAUUGAUGCUGAGGAUGAAAAUGGCUGGUCUUAUAACACAGAGCUACCAGAUUGGGCACAAGAGCAUGCCAAAAAAUACAUGGGAUUAGCAAUGGAAGAAGCAAGGAAAAGUGAACCAACACCAACUGCGUUUUGUGUGGGUGCUGUACUGGUUAACGGAGGGAGUGUUUUAUCGACUGGCUACUCCAGGGAACUUCCUGGAAAUACCCAUGCUGAGCAAUGUGCAUUGGAAAAGUAUUUCACUGAACACAAUACACAUAAAGUCCCGGCUGGAACAGAACUAUAUACAACCAUGGAGCCUUGCAGUUUGCGACUGAGUGGCAAUGAAACUUGCUUAAACAGAGUUUUGAAGCAAGAUGGUAACAUUUCAAGUGUCUUUGUUGGUGUCAUGGAGCCCUCUACUUUUGUAAAGAACAAUGUUAGUUAUGACAAGCUAACAUCAGCUGGGAUCAACUACAUCAAAGUGGAUGGAUAUGACGAGGAGGCCGUUCAGAUAGCUGCAAGAGGGCAUCAGCUGGUUAAUGUAAGUACAUAA